GGUUUGCGAAUUGUUGUUCCUUUACCUGGUGUUUGAUGAUCAAAGCUUUUGACCACACUUCACAGGUGAAAUUCCAUCGAAGCACUCCUUACAACAACGCCCCAGCUCAAGAAAUCUACCAUCUGAGCAUACAGAGAUAAUUGCCGACGCAGUCAAACGCGAUCGACGACGCGACCAUGUCCGAAAGGGAUUCCCCGGUCGGCGAGCAUACCAAAGAGCCUGUCAACGAUGGUCAGGAGCAAGAGUACGAAGAUGCUGUCGCCGCUGCCGACUCUGAUCACGACUCGGAUGCGCUGUCCGAAGUAGAUGAGGACCAGUUCGAGGACUACGACCCUGAAACUGCCAAUAUUGAAGAUCGUCCCGUCGACAUUGAUGAAGAUGUUGCUCGCACGCUGAAGGCCACAAAGCGUAAGCGUACAGAAGGCGAGGCGCCAAAGAAGCCUCGCGAAGGCCGGCGAGAUAAGAAGCGUCGAGAUCGGGAUGAAGAUGUCGAGAUGGAUGACGCAGAAGAUGGGAGCAAAAAGUCUCGACGAUCAAGGCGCGUGGCUGUUGAUGGCGAACGACGCCAAAAGUCCAAGGCUGCCACGCCGGAACCCGAGAAUGAAGACCACCUUUCACCGGAGGAACGACGAAAGAGAGCUAUUGACCGAGCUCUCGAUGCAGCGAUCAAGAAGCCUAGCGGCCAGAAGCGCAAGAAGAAGGACGAGAUUGAUCUCGAGGCCGAGAUCGAUGACCUCCUGGCGGAUCUCAAGGUUCGAAUGGAGGGGGCAUGCCAGUCCGAUAAUCAGGCUCGCGAGGCUGGUCAACCAGCCCUUCAUAAAUUGAAGCUGCUUCCUGAAGUCACUGCUAUUAUGAACCGCAAUAAUGUUCAGCAUGAAGUCCUGGAUCCAGACACCAACUUUUUGCAACAUGUCAAGUUCUUUUUGGAGCCGCUUAACGACGGAUCCCUUCCAGCUUACAACAUCCAGCGAGACAUUUUCAACGCUCUAGCGAAAAUGAAUAUUGAAAAGGAAGCACUUCUCAGCAGCGGCAUCGGAAAGGUUGUUGUCUUCUACACUCGAAGCAAGAAACCAGAGCCCAGCAUCAAGAGAAUUGCACAGCGUCUUCUUGGAGAAUGGAGCCGACCUAUCCUCAACCGGACCGACGAUUACAAAAAGCGACAGAUUGAGACACGGGAUUAUGAUUAUGAUGCUGCCAAGAUGGCACAACGCCAGAAAACCAACUCGCAAUUCAGUCUAUCCCAGCGCCCUGCGCCCAACACCAAGGAGGCUGAGCGUGAGCGACUUCUGGCCCCUUCACGAGGCAACAACUCUGCCCGUAUGGUCAAUCUUCCCUCGAGCUACACUGUUGCCCCCCAAAGCACAUUCAUGGGAAGCCAGGGCUCAGGUCAUCGCCCUCUAGGCGCCGGUGGCAUGGAGGCAUUCCGCAAGAUGACGCAGAAGAGCAAGAAGCGUGCCAACUAAGACUGCUAAUAUGGAACUCCUCCACCAAGUUAUUUCAGGUUGCAUCUUUCGUCGAGGAGCGUAUUGAUUGUAAGCUAUUGGUUAAUAUCAAAGGCGACGAUGGUAGAGGCAGACAUCGGGUUUGGCGUUUAGGGCGUAUGCAUACAAGGCUAUUAAACUCAUAAAAUUGAAGCCCGUUAUGACGGGCUAAGGCGAACUGCUUUCUC